UCAUUCCAUUUUCUCUUUCAAAGCCGUCUCUCUCUCCAGUCCACCGAGACGGCGCAGAGCGGUGAAAGUUGGUGAAACAGUCGACGGCAAUGGUGGCCGCCACCUCCAUCUCUCUAUCUCUUUCAGCCGCCACUCGCCGCUCCGCCUCUUCCGGCACUGGAUCGUGCUGUUCUUCGUUUCCUCCUCUUUCUCGUCGGCCGUCCAAUCUCAGGUCAACCGCUACCGCUCUCCGAAAACCUAACCUUCGCAUUUCGGCUUCUUCAAUGAGCAUCGAAGCCUCCGAUGCAAUCUCUCCAGUUUCCUUCCUGGAUCGCAAAGAAAGUGGAUUCCUUCACUUCGUCAAGUACCACGGCCUCGGUAACGACUUCAUCCUGGUUGACAACCGUGAUUCAAUGGAGCCUAAAAUUACCCCGGAGCAGGCAGUGAAGCUAUGUGAUCGGAAUUUCGGGAUUGGUGCUGAUGGCGUGAUCUUUGCUAUGCUGGGAAUCAACGGCACUGAUUAUAGCAUGAGGAUUUUCAAUUCUGAUGGUAGUGAACCCGAGAUGUGUGGUAAUGGAGUCCGGUGCUUUGCUAGAUUUAUUGCUGAGCUUGAUAAUUUACAUGGAAGGCAUAGUUUCACAAUACAUACAGGUGCUGGUCUGAUUGUUCCUGAAAUUCAAGAUGAUGGAAAGGUCAGAGUUGAUAUGGGUGAACCAAUAUUGAAAGCUUCUGAUGUCCCUACAAAACUUCCUGCAAAUAAAGAACACUCUGUUGUAAAAUCAGAACUUGAUGUAGAUGGAGUAACCUGGAAUGUAACAUGUGUUAGCAUGGGAAACCCACAUUGUGUCACAUUUGGUGGAAAAGGAAUACAGAAUUUGCAGGUUGAUGAACUAAAUUUGGCAGAAAUUGGUCCAAAAUUUGAGCAUCAUGAGAUGUUCCCUUCCCGAACUAACACAGAAUUUGUGCAAGUCUUCUCUCGUUCACACUUAAAAAUGCGUGUUUGGGAGCGUGGGGCGGGAGCAACUCUAGCCUGUGGAACUGGAGCUUGUGCAGUUGUUGUUGCCGCAGUUCUUGAAGGUCGGGCUGCAAGGAGAUGUACUGUUGAUUUGCCUGGAGGGCCAUUGGAUAUUGAGUGGAAUGAGGAAGACAACCGUGUGUAUAUGACAGGCCCAGCUGAGGUAGUGUUCUAUGGAUCAGUGCCUCUAUAAUAGCUUCCUCAAAGCCUUGACAAAGGAAGGAAAUUGAUAUGUCACCUGAAUUUUGUAUAAACUAAAACAUGUAUGUUUGUUUGCUUAGAUUGACUAGAGGUAGUGCUCCGUUAUGAUUUUUGGCCUUUAGAAUCUUAGAUACUCUUUGAAUUGUGAAAGGAUAUGAGGAUUUGUUUGAACUAAUGCCUUCUGGCCCUUAGAUUAUCAUGCCAUUCCUUAAACACCUGGUAAUGUAAGUGGAUUUAAUGAUUUCUGUUGA